UCGGUUUCGCGCCAAACUUUGAGGUCAUUUAACAGCAGAGGGACCGCUUGGUGACAACAGGGCAAAGAAAGCACUGAAAAUCCUCCAGAAACUGUUUGUUAAGUUUUCAGGUAAUACCAGACGAUGGAUUUUGACGGAGGUUUGGUUGACGGCCGUCUGUCUGCAGCCAAGGCCAGAAAGAGAUACUUCCUAACGACAGCAGACAUGGCGGACCUGCACUAUACCACUCCCUUCUGGUACGGCAUUGGGAUGGGAACUCCCAUGAAGUACUACAGACCUUCUGAUCUACAGGAAAAGGCAGAGCAAAAGUACGGAAAGGACGUCUUUGCAGAAAAGCUGAAGGAAUGGGAGAAACGGGAGAAGAAGAAGCAGCUUGAUGCAGAGAAGAAAAGGAAGGACGAGCAGGCCCGCCAGAGUAAGAAACAAAAGCUGAUGACUACUGUUCCUGAGUGGGGCCGACAGCAGCUGACUGAUGUGGCAAGCGUGGGGGCACUGGCUCAGAAGUGUAGUGCAGAACAACUGCAACAGGUGCUGGUGUUUGCUGCGGAGAAGAAGCUUCCUGUGAUCGAGGCCAUAAAUGCAGUGAAGGACGAGGCACUGCUUCCCAGGAAGAACUUCAAGGAGCUUCAGCCCAAACUGGCAAAGUUCCUUGAUGUGGAUGCAGAUGCAACUCUGAAGAAGAAUGCCCAGAAGCUUGCCAGAGCAGAGGCCAGCAAAGCUCGCCAGGCCAAGCUGAACAAGAGAAUCACUGGUGCCUGGGACCUGACUGUCACCAACAAGCAAGCCAAAGUCACUGGGCUAAAAGGUACACUGGACAUCAAUGGUGAAAACUGCCAGGGUUACAUUGAAUUUCCCUGUUACCAUGGAAACCUGGAGUGGUACAACAAGGAGGGUCAUGAGGCCAAGUACAUGGAGAUUUCAACCUGGUGGAAAGUUAACUGGAAAAGAACCUACGGCAAACUGCGUGUGACAGUGAAAAAGGACGAGUCAGGUGAUGACCUUGUGGAGGGAACCUUCAACGCUGGCUGGCACAGAAGCAGCUGGCCGGCACUCCUUCGCUUCACUGGAGUCAGGAAGGGACCAUGCAUGGAUGGUACACAGGGGAACGAUGAUGACAGUGACAGGGAUGACAGUGACGAUAGCGACUCUGAUGACGAAGUAUAG